CUAGAAUUAACAAGACAGUGUACCAAUAGCGGGACCUCCAUUUUCAAAAAAUUCUCCAUUUGUGUUCAAUUUGUUAAAAUUUCAUCCAAUCCUCAAACUCACAACACACAGACAAACAUCCACUCUCUCUCUCUCUCACUCCUCUCAUACUCACACUAUCAUUCAAAUCAACUUACAAAUUAUUCAAGAAUCGUCGUCAUUUAGCAAAUUUCUUCGAUUAAUCGACAUUUGCGUUCGUCAGAUCUGUUCUAGGGUUUCAGCUUCUAUCCAUUUUCGGAUUUACCCCCAAUUCGAGCAUAACUAUUACGAUCCCUAAAAAAUCCAAUGAUUUCGACGUGAAUUGAAAUCCUAGGGUUUUUGGUUUUGUGUAUUUAUUGCAAAAUGCAGAGCUCAACGAGCUCGGCAAUGGCGGCCCAACCAGAGGCGAUACUGGAAUGGCUUCAAAAAGAGAUGGGAUACAGGCCUGUAGGCCCGUACACGGGCCCAAGCAGGGCGGGGCAGGGUCCAUCGGCGGAUGCAAUUAGGAAGGUUUGUAGAGGGAAUAUGAUUCCGGUGUGGAAUUUCUUGCUUCAGAGGGUGAAAUCGGAGAAGACGGCGGAGACGAUUAGAAGGAAUAUACUAGUUCACGGAGGAGGUGAUAGUGGUGGUGGUGGAAAGGGCAAGGAUGUUGGGAAGAGAAGGGAGAAAGAGAGAGGGAAAUCGGAGGCUUUGCAGGAGAGGGAGGCUGCCGAGAAGGAGGUGGAGAGGUUGAGGCAGAUUCUUAGGAGGCAGAGGAAAGAAUUGAAGGCUAAAAUGUUGGAGGUUUCGAGGGAGGAAGCUGAGAGGAAGCGUAUGCUUGAUGAUCGCGGAAAUCUCAGGCAUAAGCAGGUUAUGUUGGAGACAUAUGAUCAACAAUGCGAUGAAGCAGCAAAAAUAUUCGCUGAAUAUCAUAAACGCCUUCGUCAUUACGUCAGUCAGGCUAGGAAUUCUCAGAGGUCCAGUGUUGAUCUCUCUACUGAAGUAGCUAGUACAGUACAUGCGAGCAGUGAGAAAGAGUCUGUUUACUCUACUGUUAAGGGAGCCAAAGCUGCUGAAGAUGUCAUUCUCAUUGAAACCACCCGCGAAAGGAACAUCAGAAAAGCCUGUGAGUUUCUUGCAUUACAUACACUUGACAGAAUACGCAGCUCUUUUCCUGCUUUUGAAGGAAGUGGUGUGCACUCAAAUCCACAGCUAGAAGCUGCUAAGUUGGGAUAUGAUUUUGACGGGGAAAUACCUGAAGAAGUUAAUAUUGUUGUUGGAAAUUGCCUAAAAAGUCCACCUUUGUUACUUCAAGCUAUUACUGCAUAUGCUCAGCGGCUGAAGUCAUUGAUUAGUAGAGAGAUAGAGAAAGUUGAUGUCAGAGCCGAUGCUGAAGCACUCAGGUACAAGUAUGAGAACAACCGAGUGAUGGAUGCUUCAUCCCCAGAUGCGACAUCACCAUUAAGCUAUCAACUUUAUGGUAAUGGAAAGAUAGGGGCGGAUCUACCUUCAAAGGGAAGUGAAAAUCAGCUUCUUGAAAGACAGAAAGCUCAUGUUCAACAAUUUGUAGCUACAGAGGACGCUCUAAAUAAAGCUGCAGAAGCUCGAAGCAUCUCUGAGAAGCUUCUAGUACGUCUGCAUGGAAGUGAUGUUAAUUCUCACCUGCCCAAUGUUGGAGGAACGUCGCAUAAUGUUGGGAGUCUCAGACAAUUCCAGCUGGAAGUGUGGGUGAAGGAAAGAGAAGCUGCUGGAUUGAGGGCAAGUGUAAGUACAUUAAUGUCUGAGGUGCAGCGAUUGAAUAAGUUAUGCGCUGAGAGGAAAGAAGCUGAAGAUUCUUUGAAAAAGAAAUGGAAAAAGAUUGAGGAGUUUGAUUCUCGAAGAUCUGAACUUGAAUCGAUUUACACUGCUCUUCUUGACGCUAAUAAGGCUGCUGCUGCAUUUUGGAGUCAACAGCCAUUGGUUGCCCGCGAAUUUGCUUCAAGUACUAUCAUUCCAGCUUCUACAGUUGUGAUAGAUUUAUCGAAUAGUGCAAAGGAUCUAAUUGAAAAAGAAGUUUCAUCGUUCCUGCAAAGUCCCGAUAAUAGUCUUUACAUGCUGCCAGCAAGUCCACAGGCUCUCCUGGAGUCCAUGGGUGUUAAUGGGUCGACGGGGCCAGAUGCCCUAGCUGCUGUGGAGAAAAGUGCCGCUUUAUUGACGGCAAGAGCUGGUGCAAGGGAUCCAUCUGCAAUUCCUUCAAUCUGUCGCAUUUCUGCUGCUCUUCAUUAUCCUUCUGGAUCAGAUGAUGGUUUGGCAUCAGUAUUAAAAGCCUUGGAAUUCUCUCUAAAACUACGGGGUUCUGAGGCCUGUGUGCUGGAGGACUUAGCUAAGGCAAUCAAUUUGGUUCAUAGUCGAAGAAACCUUGUUGAAAGUGGUCGUACAGUGUUAAACCAUGCUCACCAUGCACAGCAGGAAUAUGAAAGAACUACAAGGUACUGUCUUUCGUUGGCCUCUGAACAAGAAAGAACUGUGGUUGAAGAAUGGUUGCCUGAGCUCAGAAAUGCUGUACUAAAUGCUCAGAAGAGCCUGGAAGAUUGUAAAUACGUCAGGGGUUUGCUUGAUGAGUGGUGGGAGCAACCAGCCUCAACUGUUGUUGACUGGGUUGCAGUUGAUGGUCAAAACGUAGGUGCUUGGCUUAAUCAUGUGAAGCAGCUUCUUGCAUUUUAUGACAAGGAACUAUUGUAGGCUGUGAGCAUCCUCAGUGGACCAACUUAUUAAAUUUUCUUCUCCAUUUGACCACUUGUAAAUCUCAAGUUUUUGGCUGAGAAGGUGGCUCGAAGCUUCGAACUAUCAGGUUUUGGCCAGGUAUACCAGAUUUUAGGAUCAUGGAGACAGUUGGAAGAUCAUCUCAUUCCAAAUUAGAGGUACAGGACAUAUCUCCCACCCACGCUCUUUGUACAGCAGCUUAUUCUCUUGUAUAAACUUAUGUAUCGGUUCUUACAUUGGGUUUCCGUGCCACUAGAAGGGCAGUGUAUCUUUCGCCUAACUUCUCUAUUGUAGGAAAGCAGUCUGUGUGAUUUAUAAUGUAAAGAAUUCUACUUGUAGACCUCAUUUAAUUCUAAUGCUAAUGGAAUGCCAUUCUUUUUGUAUUUGUUA